ACUUCACAGUUUUAAGAAGAUGACGUCUGCUUCAAACAUUCACUCUUUAAUAAGACAGCAGCUGGGGUUUUGAAAGCUUAUAAAUCAACUUUCUGAUUAGACAGCGCAGUCUGCAACAGCCAUGUUCUUCACAGAAGCUGAAUGUUUGUUCUGGGUUUUUGUUCUCUGUCUGUCAGGUGUUCAGGGACAAACAAACAGCAUCUGUGCCUUGAAAGGUUCAUCAGUAAAUCUGUCCUGCUCACAUCAACAUCCAACUUCAAGCAUGAACUGGUACAGUGUAUACAGGGGGGGCUUGAAGAUUGAGACCUCUGCAGAUGGAAAGUACAGCAUGUCAGCAGAGAGUAACUUGACUCUGACAGUCAACAAUCUAGCAGAGAAUGAUGCAAACAUUUACUGCUGCAGAGAACCUGCUGACAAAUCAGACUGCGGCCAAAGGGGAAUUUCUCUCAGUGUUGCAGAGCUGCAGGUAAAGGUGAUUCCUGCCACAGAGGGACAGACAGUAACACUGAUGUGCAGCAGCAGCUGUCCUCUGACUGAAAAGCCUGCAGCCUACAUCUGGUACAAGAACAGAGAGUUUCUCUAUGAGGACUGGUCUCCCUGGUACCAAGAGCUGCUCAGCAGUGAGGAAGCAGUCACAUACUCCUGUGCUGUCAAAGGCUACGAGGAUCUCAGAGCCCCUGAAGUCUCUGUGGAUUCAAUAACAAAGACAUGUUUCAGAGUGACUUGUGCUUAUGGAAACAUUUCUUCCCACAAUCAGACAUUAGUGGAUGAGCCGUGCUCCAUCACAUAUCCCAGAGAGGUUCAUGUUCAAAGAACUUCUUCUGUCUCGGGGUUUGUCACACUGACCUGUAUCACCAGCUGUAACCUGACUAACCAUCAAACUGUCUACAUGUGGUAUCACAACAAACAAAACUAUUAUGAGAAUCAAGAUUAUUCAGUUGAUAACUCUUCAAGAGACACAUUCUCUUGUACAGUUAAAGGUGUUCAGGAUAAAAACUGCUGGAGAGUGAAUUAUGUCAGCAGGAGAAUCUGUGCUCUGGAAGGAUCUUCAGUGAACAUCACAAGUGAAUACUCACAUCCUGAUAACAUGAAGCCAGAGUUUAAAUGUUGGAGUAAAAAAUGCAGAAAAGAUAAAGUGGAAGUUGAAGAGCUGAUUGAGGCUGCAGGUCGUGUGGAGUAUCAGGACAGCAUGAAGAACCAACACAUCCUGACCAUCAACAACCUGAAGAAGAAUGACUCAGGAGGAUACACAUUCAGAUUCCAGAAAGAUCAUGAAGGAUGGACACAGUCUGAUCUGCCUGGAGUCUUUUUGAUUGUCACAGAGCUGAGAGUGAAGAUGAGUCCUUCUGCAGUGGUGACAGAGGGUCAGAGAGUCACACUGACCUGCAGUACCAGCUGUCCUCUGACUGACAACACAAACUACACAUUUGGUACUUGA